UCCUACCUUUCUCAUCGAAGUGACUAAAAGUUUCUUCUGUUUAUUGGAUCGUUUUUGACAUUCAGAAACCACAUAGCCGUAGUUAUUUGAGAAUAAAGCGAUCUUUCUUUUUAGAUACUUAGAAAUAUCUUCUAUCCUCCUUUCUUAUCUCACACUGGCCCCCUCCUCUUCCUCCCCCCCAGCGGAGAGGAAGAACAGACAAGUGAACAACAAGCCAAGGCGAGGAGAACAGAGGAGCCUACGCUGCAGAGUGUGUGAAUGGAGCAGUGUGCGAGUACAGCCUCCCUGCUGGCCUCCGUCCGGGAGCAGGAGAGGCAGUUUGAGAUGCUGAGUCGAGCUCUGGAGGAGGAGCGGAGGUCGUGUGCCGGCACCUUGCCCCGCCCCCUCCCCAACAUGCAGAACGGCCGCAUUCCUUGUGAUGCAGACCUAGAAAGGCUGACGCUGAACGAGGGUUACAUUAACGGGACGCAUCAUUUCAGGAUGGACCCUGGUCAAAUGAUGCAGGAGACGUUCACAGUGGAGGAACCUCAGGAGUUGCCCCCGGUGAUCUCCGUGGAGACGGGGGAUGAUGGGACCACAAGGCGCACAGAAACCACAGUGAAAAAGGUAGUGAAGACCACCACUACACGCACAGUCAUCCCAUCUGUGUCAGACACUUUGUCUGUGGAUGGCGGUUCGGUUGUCGGGGGAUACACCCCACCCAUGAUGUAUAGGCAGGGCCAAGGAAUGGCGGUCCCCAUGGAGUAUCCCACCCACACUGUGCCCCGCAACUACCACUACGGACCAGCAGGGGGCUAUGAUGAAUACAUGGGAGGACCUCCGUCUGAGGCAUAUGCAAGCCUCAGCAGGGGGGCCCGGAUGGAUGAUCAGUACAGACCGGUCCAUCCAGAUGGUUACAGAACUCUGGAUCCGAACUACAGAGCCCCCAGCAGGAGCCAGUUAGACCCAUAUGCUGCCCAACCGCAAGUUGGGCGGAUGGGAAGUGCAAUGGAGCUAUCCUCCAUUCCUCGCUUUAUCCCAGAUCCAUACGGUCUGGAAGAUGAUCAGCGCAGCAUCGGCUACGAUGAGCCGGACUACGGCAUGGGACAUCCAAUGCACUAUGGCACUGUGCCUCGCAACCAUGGCUAUGCACACGGCCCCCCGCCACGCAGGACUGGGAGUUAUGAAGGUGCUUUAGAUGGAGAUCUGGGUGGUGCAGGAGACUUUUACUAUAGCAGAGGAGCGCCGCUGGCCCAGGGCGAGAGGGGGAGUGUGGCUUCGCUGGACACUCUAAGGAAAGGACCUCCCCCCGGUGGAUGGCGUAAGCCAGAGCUGCCAGAGGUCAUUGCCAUGCUAAACUACAGACUGGACCCUGUCAGGAGCAACGCAGCAGCAUACCUGCAGCAUCUCACCUUUAAGAACGACGCAGUGAAGUCUGAUGUCCGUCGUCUGAAAGGCAUUCCUGCCCUGGUCUCUAUGCUCGACAACCCAAACAGAGAGGUUCACUACGCCGCAUGUGGAGCACUAAAGAACAUUUCUUUUGGCAAAGAUGCCGACAAUAAAAUUGCCAUCAAGAACUGCGAUGGAGUUCCUGCGCUGAUCCGGCUGCUGAGGAAGACGCGCGAUCACGAGCUCACAGACAUCAUCACAGGAACUCUUUGGAAUCUGUCAUCCCAGGAUUCUGUGAAGAUGGAGAUUGUGGACCACGCCAUACACGCGCUCUCUGACGAGGUCAUGGUUACCCAUUCUGGCUGGGUGCGGGGAAGCAACGGCGCUGCUGGAGGCGGCGGGGAAAACGGCAAGCCCAGACAUCUGGAGUGGGAGAUUGCUCUUACUAAUACGGCGGGCUGUCUGAGAAACGUGAGUUCAGAAAGAAGUGAGGCGAGGAGGAAGCUGAGAGAGUGCAAUGGAUUGGUGGAUUCCGUGAUGCACAUCGUCCAGUCCCAGAUCGACUUUAAAGAUGUGAACAAUAAGUUGAUCGAGAACUGUGUGUGUCUGCUGAGGAACCUGUCCUAUCAUGUGCACAGCGAAAUCCCAGGCGCCGAUCGCUACAAGGAAACCCCACCCAUCAACCAGGGCCCCGCCUCCUCAAGUCAGAAGGGUGGCUGCUUCAGCUCCCGCAAGGGCAAAGACGAGUGGUUUUCCAAAGGAAAGAAAGAGGAUGAUCCAGCUGCAGAUACAAUAGACAUUCCAGCAAGGACCAGCCCUGCUAAAGGCUAUGAGCUGUUGUUCCAGCCAGAGGUGGUCAACAUAUACACAAAACUGCUAACGGAGUCCAGUAACCUCACAGUCCUGGAGGCCUCAGCUGGAGCCAUUCAGAACUUAUGUGCCGGACACUGGACAUAUGGACGAUACAUCCGUUCCUUGAUGCGUACUCAGAAAGCUCUCCCUCUGCUGACCGAGCUGCUGGGCCACACCAAUGACCGAGUAGUCCGUGCCAUGUCCGGAGCCCUCCGCAAUCUGGCUAUAGAUGCACGCAGCAAGGAUCUGCUAGGUAAACAUGCCAUACCUGCCCUCGUGGCAAACCUGCCUGGUGGCGGGCAGAGUCAACCUGUGCGAGCUCUGAGCGAAGAGACGGUGGUGUCCAUACUGAGCACGCUCCAUGAAGUGCUGGGAUCCAGUGUGGAAGCUGCCAGAAAUCUCAGGGACUCGCAAGGAAUUGAGCGACUAGUGCUCAUUAAUAAGGACGGUAACCGUUCAGACCGGGAGGUACGUGGAGCUGGGCUGGUGCUACAGACUGUGUGGGGCUAUAAAGAGCUCCGUCGCACCCUGGAGAAGGACGGCUGGAAGAAGACAGACUUCAUGGUCAACUUAAAUCCGCCCAGCAACAGCGACAGGCCCAAUGGACGAUACGAGGACAGCACUUUACCUCUCCUAGAGAAAGGUGGGAAAAGUGAGCGAGAAACCAUCCCAAUGCAUGAACUUGGACCAGAUGCCUACUCAACGCUGGACCAGAGGGGCAGAAAGAACAGUCUGGAUAACACACUUGAAGCGGCUGACCAAGUACAGGGAGGGAUGUAUGGGGAGAGGCAGGCUUCCUUGCCUCUUUUGGAUUCUUACGAUGAAGAACUGAUUGUGUGCAUCUCAAGACGACAGCCUCCUCCAACUUACUGCCCUUGCUGAACCAACAAUGGGGGGGAGGGGACCACUACCAGGAUUUAACUCCCAACAUUUACACUCACUCCUCUCUGUCGCAGCUUCUCUUCUCUCUCUUUCUCUCUGUUACAUUCCUGCAGCAAACACCUGAAUGAACCCGCAGAAAGCGAUGCAGAUCUGAAGCUCUCCCCGCAGAUGACUGUUUGCGACACUAUAACCACUCCCUUUGAGUUUGUGGCCUAUGAAACAACACUACAGUACAGCCAACCAGAAGGACACUAAAAGGCCUCAUUUGACAUGUUUUAAUGUAAACGACCUGACUGGAACACUUUAUGGGGAUGUUUUGAACUCAUAACACUAUUUUGAAAAAAACAAACAAAAAAAACCAAGGGAAUGUAUGUUUUUCUAGCUCUUUGUUCAAAAAAAUUCACAGAGGAUAAUAAUUUCUGUCUUAUUAUAUCUGUUCAAAGCUUUUCCUCUUCUUGAUGUAGUGGUUGAUCCUCUGCGUGCUUUGCCCUGUACUGCUACUUAUCUACAAUGUGCCGUAACUGUGCCAAAAUGUCGAGACGAAUGCAAAAUCUCGGGUAUGCCGCCUGUGUUUUUUAUGUUUGCAUCGCCGACCUCUUUUGGGCAGCUGAAUUUGGUUAAUAUCCAUCAAUAUAAUCAGAGCAAGUGUCUGUAAUAGAUAUGUAUCUGCACAGAGGAAUACAUUUUCUUUUUCCCUUCCUACUUGUCGGAAUGGACAGAAUAGUCCGUAUUUGAAGCGAUCCUUCCGUCAAAUCUUGGGAGACGCCAGAAUUUCCGUCAAACUGGAUCUGCUGGUCUUUAAACCUUCUGAAUGUGCAAGAAAACUGUUGUUAGCACUGAGCUAACUGGAGUGCCUCACAUAUUGGAUGUAUUCUACAUGUUCUGGAAAACCUUAAUGUUUUAACCGUCUCUUACCGCUGCAACUUAUACGUUGGAAAUGCUGAAUUCUGACACCUUUUUUUUGGAAAAAUAAGUGAAUGAAUGCUUCAAAUCUGUUUCUAUGGCACGACGCUCUCAGUUUCUGUUUAUUUCUCAGCUUCUGCCUCAGAACACUACUUGGGAGACAACUCUACGCUGAUAAUUCACCCACAUUUGUUAGUGCCGAGUGAGAUGUAGAUACUGACUGGAUUAUUAAAAGAAGCACUAUAGGGAGAAUGUUUAUUUUUGUUUCAUGAAUUUUUUUUCCCACCUUUUGUUUUCCUUGCCAGGU